CGUCAUGGCGGGAGCGGAGGAGGACGCGCCUCCGUCUCUCUCUUGUGUCUCGUCUCGGUCAUUACGACCUUCUGUGCGGUCUGCUGCACGGCUCCAGCACGCCGCAGACGCUGCUGCACUGGACAAGUGUGGCGGUGGUAGUGUUGAGGUGAGGGGGAGGGGCGUGUGGGUGGGGCGAGUGCGCCCCCUGCCCGCCGCCGGGAGUGCAAUAGCAAAAGCAGCGGUGUGCAGCACCAGCAGCCCGCUCGCCCCUCGCUUCAGUGCAAGAACUGCAGUCGUGCAACCCGCAGCGUCACCGCAACGUGUCCUAAGAGCAGCACACGGUGUGAGCUCCGCCUUGUGCUACCCCAGCACUCCCUCACAAGCUCCACCACACCAGGCGGAGGUUGCUCCUCCACCACUGGCCCCCCCCGCACCCCCACCCACCUCCCACCCUCAACACACACUCUCCACCAAUAGUAAUCCAUCUCCAACAAUGUCCUUCAACAAGUGUCCUCCAACAGUCUCAAAUAAAGGUGCACCUCCCACAGUGCAGUGUACUACUACAAAUGUGAAUACCAGUUUCUUGAAAAGCAGUAAUGAAGUACAAAGUGUGAUGUCUGGUGUUGUGAAAAGUGUGCUAAAAGAGGGAGGAGGAGGAGUAGUGGAGGAGGAGGAAGAGGGUGAGGAUGGGGAUGGGGAUGGGGAAGAAGACGGGGGGGUGAAGAAGACGACUCAGCGCCGCUCUGCAAGAUACGACUCCGCCGACUCCUCUGACAGUGGUGUGGGAGGAGAGUGGCUCGCGUCCUCGCCCUGCUCCUCGCUGACGAGCUCGCCGCCGCCUCGCCCCGAGGAGGACCUCGACGACUGCUGCCCCGGACCCGCCACCCCGCCCACGCCCACGGCGGGGCCGCACCGCAACACACCCUCACCCACACCCGCCCACCAUGUACACCAGCUGAACUGCAUGGCGCCCAAUGAUGGCUCGGGUGUCCGUAUGGGGCGGAAGGGUGGCCACGACGGCGACCAGCUGAUGGGCAGGUUUGGCCCGGGUAGCCAGGUGGGCCACACGCCACACAAGGACCGCCCGCCCGAUGCGGCCCACCUGCCAGUGCGGGCCACGCGCCGCACCGCUCCGCACCACGCCGCGCACCGGCGCCGCAGGGUGCAGGUGGGCCAGGACCGCAAGCGGUCGGGGGAGGUUACCCUCGACGCGGAGAGGCACACUAAGCUGGCGAGGGCGUCGUCGCCGCCGCCCUCGCCAAUUAACGGCGUGCGACGCCUCAACGGGUGCGUGAACGGGGAGGCGGCGGCACUGUUGCAGCGGCUAGCGAGCUUGUCGGAGGCGGUCGAAAAGCACGCCCCUCCCGCCGUCAACCACGCCGUCAACCACGCCGUCAACCACGCCGUCAACCACGGACUCACCAAGGACCCGCUACAAAACGGCGCGGGACACAUUUUAAGUAAAAAUGGCAUUAAGUGUUUUAACGGUAGUGUUAACGGGCGGGUUAACAUGGUGCGGCCGGAGCGCGUUAACGGGGUGCGGCGGGUUGUUGGCGAGGAGCUGCGGCGGAAGGCCGCCCACCUCACCACCGCCGCCAACAACAACAACAACAACAACACGGAGCUGCCCUCGGCCCGGCUGCCCACCACGCCCACCAAAGUGACCCACCCCGCCCACCCAGGCGGCGUGUCGCCCUCCCUCCUCGCCAAGCGCGGCGCCUCUCAGGGAAUCCCUCACCACCCAUCUUUGGGCUUAUCUUUGAGCUGUGAUGUCGGGGUGCCGCCGCCCGCCCUCUGCUCUAGGGCCGCCCACCAGCCGCCCCCACUCUCCCCCACUGCCGCCCGCUGCUCGGCCAAGUCCUCGCCCCCGCCCGCCCACACCACCCCCUGUGCCACCAAGAGCAGGAGCAGCUCCGCCAGCUCCGGCGUGGGCUCCUCCGCCCCCAGCUCGGGCACCUCCACGCCCACGCCCACCGUCCGCUUCCCGGCCCCGGAGAAGAAGGAAGGGGCGGAUGUGUGUCGCUGGCGGCACUGUGACGUCACCCUAGACCCAACCACCUCUCUCCUUGAGCACAUACAGGCUGUGCACGUGGAGGGUCAACUGGAGGCCGAGAGCUUCAGGUGCCUGUGGGUGGGGUGUAAGGUGUACGACAAGGCCUCCUGCUCCGUCUCCUGGCUCGAGCGACACGUCCUCACCCACGGUGGUCACAAGCCCUUCAAGUGUAUUGUAGAAGGAUGUGGCCAACGAUUUACGUCGCAGACGGCACUGGGACGGCACGUGAACCAUCACUUCAGCACAGCCACUGCCGCUCCAACUCCUCGCCCGCCCACCCAACCCUCGCCCUCCAAGUUGAUACGCAAAAAUGGGCGCAAGUGUCGCUACAGAAAAAAACCUUGGUCAGACUCAAGGGCGAAAGCUCCAGUCCCUGCCCGCAUGUUCGACAUGUUUGACGUGGGAGUGAUGGAAUGUGUUCGAUGGAGGCUUAUGAGCGUUACACAGCUACAAAAUGGAGGUGCUAUGCAGGCGUCAGGUCAGACUUUUACGCUGAGACCCCAGGUUCUUGCGAGACGGACGUGUUCUAAAGGAGUUACGGAAGUUCUUGUAAGAUGGUCUCCACCGGGAGUAAUUGCUGAUGAAUGGGUUGACAUGGAUCAGCUUGAAACAACACGGAGUGUGCCCCUAGAGCAGCUGUCUCCAGAAGCCAAACAGGCUGUUACUCAGUUAUGCUAUCCAAGUUUAGCACGGCCUCAAAAACACAGACGCAAACUCCCCUCAUGUCCAAAAUCUUUAUCUUUAGAUAUAUCUAAAGCAGUGUGAUCUUAGGGAGAAAAUAAUUUUUUAAAGACAAACGUUAGGUCUUGAUCUCAUUCCAUUACGGAGUAACACAAUGUGUGAGUGUGUGUGUGUGGUGUGAGCAUUCCCCAGAUGUGUUUGAGGGAUGUUGUAGUGCCCACAGUUGGAGCUCAGAAUGUUGAACUUGUGAAUCCAAGUGAAUGGACCAAAUAUUGGACCAAAAAGAUGAUAUUCUGUGCAAACUAUAAAAAGGAAGCAUGUUUCUGUGUGUACAGUUGCCUAUGUAUAUUUGUAAAUAGUGUGAGAGUAGAACAACCAGCAUAGUUUGUCACUGCCAGGAGCUCUUAUACUAUUACUGUGUGUUAAAGGGUCAAUUGACCAGUGUUAGGGUAAUAUACGUCAUCCUUGUGAGCCAACAUAGCUUCUCCCGUAAAGAUUUAUGGCAUCUUUACUCACUCAAAAUAUUUUUGUUGUCAGAUAAUGAAAAAUGGAUUUAUAUUAGAUACCUGAUUUGUAAAGGUUAGUAGUUAUAGAGUCACAAAGACUGAUUACUAACAGUGGUUUAGCUGCCAUAUAUCUGUAAAGUGGAGUUGUGAUUCUGAUAGAUGACCACCCAAGAAAACCACCACUGCCAGACAUCAGGAACAUCUAAGCCAGACCAAACCACAAACAACAAAACGGGUGCCCAUUAUGUCUGACUGUCUGUAUGUAAGUAACACUAUUUUUUUUGUAUAUCCUAACGCCUUAAUACUGCGUAAGAGAUCUGGCUACGUCAGUGUGCAGAUAAGGUGUAGGAGGAGUGCCAGUUAUUUUUUAAAUAUUAAGUUAACUGUUUGUGUGUGAAUGUUGUUAUUUUGUUAUAUAUAAGUCCUCAAAGCUUUGGACAAAAGUGGGGUCUGGCUGAAGAUAGUUCCUAGUAUGCCAACACUGCCCAUUAAGAUAAGAUAAUUAUUUUAUUGUAUUUUAUAUUUUCUUGAUAUUUUACUUUCGUUUCCUAUCCUCGUUUUUUUUUAUAUAUCUUCUUCAUAGGGUUGUCAUGAACAUUUUAUUUUAAACUAUUAAAGCAUUAUGUACCAUGAUAUGGUAAAUGCAGCUAGGUUCUUAGUGCUACCUAUUUUGUUUUAUUCAUAUUUGUUCCUUGCACUCUUUUUGUUAACAUGUUUUCAUUGUUUGAUUUACUUGAUUGAUAUUAAAUUUAUUAUGUUUAAUAUUUCUCUGUACUCAGUUUCACGCCUCAUUGCUUUAAUUACUCUUGUACUUUAAUGAGGGUUGGUGAAUAGUUAUUGCCUCCCAUGCCCAAUAUUGGUGCCAUAUUUAUACAAAAGUUAACCCCGCCCGUACCAGUAACACACAACCCCUCCUCACCAACACACACAUUUCAGAAACGCUCAAUGUGAUCUCUUUGUAGGAUGCAGGACUUGUUACCCUGCAAAACAUGUGAUUUGGUGGAAGGUAAUUGCAUGCUUAGUUGGAAGAGUUGAAACUAUCAUGUAUAAGGAAUUUUUUUGAAGUGUUUAAUUACAUUGCCUUGAAAAGUCACUUAUUUUAGUCCACUGGACAACUCGAUCUACACUUUCAACAAAUGCAAACUUUAAAAGUCAGAUGUGGAUCUUUUAUUUAUCAUUGCAAACUGUUACAAGCCAGGUUGGCCUAGGUAUCAAUUUUCUUCUACCAAGCCACAACAAUCAAGGUUGGCGAGUUGGCUCCUUGCUGAGUCGCACUGUCAUACUAGUCACUAUGGGUUGUGUAGGGUUGAGAAAGCAGUACAUAAAUUUGAGCUUCAAGAAGUAUUUUGUACUCAUGGACUAUAACAUAUGAAGAACAGCUUCAUUUGUGAUGAGAAACAAUAAAGGAUCUCAGCUGUUGCUCCAGGAAGUGUAAGAAGGAAUAAAGGAAUGUCAUUGUAUAUGGAAAUUGUUAGUAAUAGAUUUGCACUCUCAGGUUUCUUAUGUGAUAUGUAUUACCUCAGCUGUUUGACAUGAUCUUUCACGUAAAAAAUGGGCAUUUAAUAUCAGCAGAAUCAAACCACUAUAUGGCUUUAGGGAAAAGUGAUGCCAGUGAAUAGAUUGCUGUAGAUAUAAUCAGAGCAUGUAACUUAGUUCAUAUUCAUGCUCAUUUAUAUUUAAAAACAUUACUAAAAUGAAAAUUCACAGUAAUAUGAACUGUGUAUAUAUGCUUGCCAAGCAACACUGCUUUCCAGCCCUGCGCCCCUUCAGUCCCCUGCUCCCCCACCCCCCACCUUGGGACCCUGCACUUUCUCCGCCAUUAUUUUGUGUGUAAUGAGACAGAUCCUGUUUCCUGAAUCUUGAUGAAUAAGAUGAAGGUAAAAAGUAUCAAGUGAUAUGCACAUAUAACUAGCUUCAGAGAAGUCAAAUGUUUGGCAUAUUUUUCCAGUUCCGAAUUGCACAUAUUCCACGUCACUGUUCUGAUGGCUUAAUACGAGAUAUUAACACUUGCAUUAUAUUCGAUCUCAUAAGUACAGUACACAAAGAUUUGUAAGGAUGUUGAUUAUUUUUUAAGGAAAAAUUCUUGGAACAUUAUGAAAUGCUUGUCGAAGCAAGAAGGGUGAUUGGUGGAGAGUGUGUAGGUAAACCCCUGGGUACUCCAGGUAUACCCACAGUAUUCCCAUAUGUUAUAUUCUUUAUUGAGUGAAGUAACCAGGGGAUGGCUGCAACCUGAGCCAUAUGCAAAAUGUACAUCCAUUUCCCCGUUUCAUUUCAUUAAUUUUUAACCUCUUCUAUGAGGAUUUGGUUAAUAUUGUAUUUAUUUAUAUAUUUCUGUGUAUUUUUGCCUUCAGUACAAUGUAUCUUCAGGCUGCAUUUAGAAGACACAAUUUUAUCAGCAUUAUUGUUCAGUUGAGUAAUUAAGAGUACUGAAAACACAAUAAUAAUCCAAUUUUUGUGUAGCGGAUAUACAAUUGUUAUAUAACUGUGUUCAGAAGUAAGAAUAACAAGCAAACGUUGGCGCACUGUGACUGUUAUUUGAUCAGAGUCUUCUAAAUACAUCCUUGUUUUGUCUUUGUUGGCUGUUUACUGUUUAUACAGCUGCUGUUUGUUAUUUUUUUGUACUUUUCUACAGUAUAUACUCAUCCUAAUUGUCCAUAGCACAAUAGGAAACAAGGCAGACAGAGUAAGUGAAAUUAUUUAUUUUAGGACUCGAAAUGUUUUGGAUAAUGGUGAGAAAGACAAGGUAGUAGCAAUACAUGAAACUGAGAGUGUGAUGGUCAGAUACUGGAUGUUGUGGAUGACACGGCAUUAGUCACUACAAAUGUUAUAAUUGUGGUACGUGAGGUUAUCAGGUUGAUUAGGUUGUAAAUUUAGGCAGUACUAAUAAUGAGGAUGUUAAAUUACUGAUUUUUUGUUCCAAGGCUUAGGUUCUUGUGUACUUAAAAAUGAGCAUUGCCCUGAAUGAUGAGUAGUAUCUUGCACGGACAUUCAGGAGGGGAAGAGAGGUAGGUGAAUAUGGGGCAGGAAUAUAUGUAUGUGUGUAUGUAUACAUACAUAUACAUAUAUACAAACACAUAUAUAUACACAAAUACAUAUACACAUACAAUUUUAUAUAUAUAUUAUAUAUUUGGUU